AUGUCCGUCUACAAAGACGCGCCUGAUACCAUGGUUAUCUACGACCGCGCGGGGGUACGGCUGCAGGGAAAUGUGGUUGGCAGUGGGACGGCUGCUUGUGUCUGUUUUAGUUUGGCUGAUUUGGGUGGGGAGAGGAGGGCUGAUAUUUGUGUUUAUUUUAACGAGCGUGGGUUGGUGCAGGAGGAGUAUCGGGGUUUCUCUGGUGGUGGGUCGGGGCCGGGACCGCCGUCGGGAAGUUAUCUCAUGGCGACUGUGAGCCCGAAUUCGGCGAAGGCGUUGCCGCAGUGCAGGGAUGUGGAUCUACCUGCGAGAUCGGCGGAGUGGGCGGCUACGGCGUUGGGUGUUCGUGGUAGUCCUAUCGCAGCGGCGAGUCAGACUACCCCUCGAACGAGCACAGAAAGGAUUUCAGGCCUCGUAUCAUCUCCUACACCUUCAUCGUCCCCGGUAUCGACGUCUCCUGCCUCGUCGCAUAGUUCGGAUAUUAGCGGAGGAAUCCAGACUUCAUUAUCAGCAUCCGUCGAUUCCGGUGGUACAACCCACACUCACACAUACUUCCUCCCCACCACCGUCGUUAUAAAAAGCGCUACAGACUCGGAGAAAGAAGGGAUCUCGCUAAGUGACAAGAUCGCGUUGGGCGUUGGAUUGGGAUUGGGGAUUCCCACUCUCGUUAUCGCCGUUUUGGGUGUUGUGUCUAAGUGUAGGCGGAAGCGGCCGGCUAGUAGUGGGUCGGAUGGACAGGAUGAUUCGUCGAUAGAGAUUGGGUUGAGGGAGUCGCCUAGGAGGAGUUGGAGGAGGGAGUCUGAGUCUGCUUCGAGCGAGUCCCCGGGGAAUUGGGAGGUCAUGCAAUCCCGGCAGCAGCAGUAUGGACAGGAUUCAGCACAUGGGGAGCUUAUGGAUCUUCGAUAA